GCCGAUAUUUGUAGCAAAGGCCAGAUAACGCACCAGCUUCUCCUGGGGUGUCUACGGAUCUCGUUUUCACUUGACCAUGAUCUAUCUCCCUUAACGUCACUGCCCACCUCAUGUACUGAUUUUAUAUACCGGCCGCUCCCAAAAUUUGGCUCAGGGGCGUCCCGAGCCUGUCUCAAGUCGAGCCUCGUUGCCCUUGUCGCGCAUGCGAUUAUAAGAUACAUACGAUAUCUCGUCACGUUCUCACGUAAUCCCGAUAAAGAAUCCAUUUUAAGGGCCACCUAUUCAUUCUUCUGCUUCGCGCCACUCCCUCUGUACUAUUUUUCAAAGAAGCUUGAGAAGAUGCAUCAAGACCAAGAUGCACGCCGUGGGCGGCUUAUCGCCUCGGUCGCUGCAACUGUCAUCUCCCUGGCCUGCGGCACAAACUAUGUCUAUUCUGCGUGGGCGCCACAGUUCGCCGAAAAGCUCAGGCUUUCCACCACAGAGAGCAACCUGAUCGGUCUGUUCGGCAACCUGGGCAUGUAUACAAUGGGUGUCCCCAUUGGCAUGUUUGUGGACGAUCGCGGAUCGAGGCCUGCUGUUCUUGCCGGAGCUUUCCUCCUAGCUAUUGGCUAUGUCCCCCUGUGUAUCUCCUUUGAGAAAGCCGCGGGCUCUGUUCCUGUCCUCUGCUUCUUCUCCUACCUGACUGGCCUGGGUGGGUGCAUGGCGUUUGCGGGUGCAGUGAAGACAUCUGCACUCAACUGGCCAAGCCAUCGCGGCACGGCCACAGCGUUUCCGCUUGCUGGAUUUGGGCUCAGUGCCUUUUUCUUCUCUUUUGUCGGCGCAAUUCUUUUCCCUGGCAGCACCAGCUCCUUUUUGCUGCUACUGGCAUGGGGCACUUUUGGUCUUACUUCCGUUGGCUACUUCUUCUUAAAAGUCCAUCCUCAGGUAUCUUACCAGGAAGUGCCCACCCAAUCAUCUGAACCAUCGUCAUCUGGCCGAGGAAGAUCGCGUAGUGUAACCGAACCUGGUAUGUUAUCCAAUCCUGAAGCUGUUCACCCAGACUUGGCCUUGCCACCAAAGGCCCCUCCAGAAUCUGACGCCAGUCGCGCCAAUAUUUUAAAUGACACCGAAGCUGGUGAUGCCCCGAGUACCGAGAAUUCAUCUUUACUUGCUGGUGCCGCAGGCGCCGAGAUUGUCGGGGGUAGUAGUGUUGAUCAAGAUGUCUCUUAUCGACUAGAUGUACGAGGCGUGAAGCUCCUGUUCUGCCUAGAUUUUUGGCAGCUGUUUUCCAUCAUGGCCAUUCUCGCUGGAACCGGCCUCAUGACUAUCAAUAAUAUUGGAAAUGAUGCAAACGCCCUCUGGAAGCAUUAUGACCCCUCAGUUGAUGAACCAUUCCUCGUUAGCCACCAGCAAAUACACGUAUCCAUUCUCUCUGUUUUUAAUUUUGUAGGGAGGCUGCUAAGUGGUAUUGGCUCUGACUAUCUCGUCAAAACUCUUCAGGCCAGCCGCAUCUGGUGUCUGGCCGUGGCCUGUCUCAUAUUCCUUCUUGCACAAAUUUGUGCCUUACAAAUCGAGAUGCCACAAAAACUUGUAUUCGUUUCGGGUCUUUCUGGCUUGGCCUACGGCUUCCUCUUUGGUGUUUUCCCUUCCAUUGUUGCAGAGACAUUUGGCAUUGGUGGACUGAGCCAGAAUUGGGGUUUUAUGACUCUUGCUCCUGUAGCCUCAGGAAAUGUGUUCAACCUACUAUACGGAAGGAUCUAUGAUCACCACAGCAUUGUUGAACCCGAUGGCACUCGAUCUUGCGACGACGGUAUCGCUUGCUACCGCUCUGCUUAUGCGGUUACCUCGACUGCAUGUGCCCUGGGCCUAUUAAUCACUUUAUAUAUCAUUCACUACCAGAGAAACCAGUAUCUAAAGGCGAAAGACAAGUUGGAUGAAGAAGACUGAUAGUUUGGCAUAUAUGCGAAGUGCUUAGCAUAGGGUACAGCUGCAACUGUUUUGACCAGCGUAAAUGAAUCUACAACAUUAAUACCUUUUC